GCGCUGCCGUGACUCUGGACUCCUCUGUAAGUCUCCUGCUUCUGUUUGCUGGAAUAUUCUGGGAAACGUUUUGAUUGAGACAUGGAGGAACUGGAGCAUUUUCAUUUCCUAAAUUAAAGCGGAGUCCGUACAGUGGAGUUCAGUGACCCGGGGUUUUAGACGACUUUGGAGACUUUACGCAUGCUGAUCGCUCCUCAUCAGCUGUGAGCAUGGAGCAAUUAGACUUUAAAGUUGACGAUUUUAACUUGAAGUAAUGACGGAGGCACUGAAGCACUACCAUCGAGCUGAUAUUAUAUUUUAUAGGGAACUCUUAAUUUUUGGGGAGCAUCUCAAGUGGCUUCACAAUAGAUAACCUAGAAGGGGAAAGUACUCUGUGACAGGCUGGACCAGAGGACCACUGAUGUCAAGGAGCUGCAAAGUCAUCUGAACGCUUACAAAUACAGAAAGUAUUUGUUAGUGAGUCAAAUGGCAGAUGAAUAUGAACAGUCCAGUGCGUCCGAAUUUAUUAAAGACCGGCUAUACUUUGCCACGCUGCGGGUCAAACCUAAGAACACAGCCAACACACACUUCUUCAGCACGGAUGACGAGUUCUUAUAUGAGAGUUUUUAUGCAGACUUUGGGCCCCUCAACCUGGCCAUGCUGUACAGAUACUGCUGCAAACUCAACAAAAAGCUCAAGUCAUUCACAAUGUCUAGAAAGAGACUGGUCCACUACACCAGUUAUGACCAGAAGAAGAGAGCCAAUGCUGCUGUUCUCAUCGGUGCCUAUGCUGUGAUCUAUUUGAAAAGAAGCCCAGAAGAUGCCUACAGGACUCUGAUCUCAGGAAGCAACACAGUCUACAUGCCAUUUAGAGAUGCAGCAGUGGGGGAGUGCUCGUUCAACCUCACCGUUCUAGACUGCUUACAAGGAAUCCGCAAGGCAUUACAGCAUGGGUUCCUGGAUUUUGAAAGCUUCAGUGCAGAGGAAUAUGAACAUUAUGAGCGAGUUGAAAACGGAGAUCUGAACUGGAUCAUCCCGGGAAAAAUUCUGGCAUUCAGCAGCCCUCAUGCUCGCAGUAAGAUCGAAAAUGGUUAUCCCCUUCACACACCUGAGGCAUACUUUUCAUACUUUUGCCAAAAUGCCGUGACAACCGUGGUUCGUCUGAACAGGAAGUUAUAUGAUGGCAGGCGGUUUGAGGAUGCAGGAUUUGAGCACCAUGACCUCUUCUUCCUUGAUGGGACCACACCCUCUGACCUCAUCGUCAGACGCUUUCUGCAUGUGUGUGAAAGUACAGAUGGGGCAGUGGCAGUGCACUGUAAAGCUGGAUUAGGCCGCACAGGCACUCUGAUUGGCUGCUAUCUGAUGAAGCACUUCCGGUUUACUGCAGCUGAGGCGAUUGCUUGGAUCAGAAUCUGCCGACCAGGAUCCAUCAUCGGUCCCCAGCAAAACUUCUUAGAGGAGAAGCAGCACAGUUUAUGGGUUCAGGGUGACGUGCAUCGCUCCAAACAGAAGCUGGUCCAGCAGAGACUGAGUCGGCAACAGCAGCUGCAGCAGCAGCGUCGGCAGCAACAGCAGUUUCACAGCUCUGACUCUGUGGAGGGAGGGAAACAGGAGGCAAUGUCCUGCCUGCUUUCCAGCAUGGAUGACCUGUCAAUCAACACCACCCUCUGCAAGUCAUACAGCUUGGAUGAGGACAACUGCAAGGACACCAGUCUGACACAGGGAGACAAACUGAGAGCGCUGAAGGGAAUACGGCCGCCUAGAUCAGUGUCGUCCUCCUCAAGGUUAAAUUUGUCUAAGACUCCACACUGCUCCAUCCUCCCUCCACCUAAGCCCUCUAAAGUCCUCCUUUCCCUGUCCCCCUCUUCUACUAAAAAACUGGUGCGAAGCUCUUCUACCAUCACUGCCCCGCAGAUCAAGAGUCCCUUCAGCCUCAGUCUGUUCAGCACCAGGCCAGCUUUAAUUCACUGAGUUCACAUUUGGGUCAUUCUGUUCUGAUCCACCCAGCUGAUGAUGGACUGGUUGAAAGCUGGAUCAGCUCUCUUCCUCCACGCUGUCGUCUCAGAGGUCUUAAAUAGUUGUUCAGCCCCAACGAACGUGUCGGUCAUUCGUCAUUGUGACACAGACGGGAACGGUGAUUUCUCAACACUUUAAGGGCUCAUUCACCCGUCAUCUGAUCUCAUCUGUCAUAAAAGGACGAACACCAAAAAUCCUCUCAGUGUCUGUCAUGUAUAGCAAGCAGAUUGUGUUCUGUAACUGUAGAAAACUUGUAGCUGCUGUAACACUGGACUACAGGCAAAUCACAUCUGUGUAUCAGACUGGAUCCUUAGGAGAGACGGUCCACACCGGUAUCAGAUUGAAGUCCUGGCAUCACAAAGCUUUCUGGUUAUGUUUGUAACAUGGUCAUGCUUUCGCUGGCACAGCUUUACCUCAUGUUUUUUUGUUGGUUGGAGUUUUCUUGGCUCUAAUAACAGUGCAUCUGUUAGACGCCGAACAGUCAUUCUCACAGUUAUCUUGCUGGAAACAAAAGAAGUGGGCAGGUGUAAAGACCAGACUAAAGCUCCUCAGUGCAUUAGGGAAACAAAGGCUGUCACAUGUGGUGUGAAUUCCUGGUCAUAAGAAGAGCUGCAGCGCAUAUGGAAGUUAGUUUGACCUGUUCCACCUAAACAACAUACACCUCUUCACAGUAACAGCGGUCCCUGUUGGCAGCAGUGUCUCUGAGCAGGAUCGUGCAUCAUGCUAACUGAAUGCAUUCUUCUGGAAUGUGUUUGAUGAACAUGGAAGCAGUUAAGGAUCAUUUCUCACCCUCUAGAUUUCCUGUAUCUCAGUCUGAAUGAGCGGCUCAUGUGCAAAGCCUGUCAGAUCUGUAGCUCCACAAUCAAAACUUUCAGGAUCUGCUUCCAACGUCUCUGACGUUCCAGAAACACAAACCCUUGAAAGGCUUGAAAAAUCCAAGUGUUAAAGCUGGGUGGGUCACAGCUGUAUUGGCAUAGGCUGGUUGUUGUAAUGUUGUCAGCUUUAUUUUUGUGCGCUUUGGGGACCUAGAUUUAGCCCCAGGGUGUAUUCACAGUGAGAAACAAAAAGAUGAGCAGAAAGAACCACAGCCAGCCACAUCCUGUGCAGUUCUGCAUUUUCACAGAGCUACUGCACUUUGGUUAAGAAUGAAUAACUGGACAAAAACAUUGUUUUGCAAGACCAAUUGUGAUUUGCUGCUUCUGCUAUACAUAAUCUUUUCAAGAGGAUUUCAUCCACAAAGAAAAACAUAACAGCCAUAUAAUGCUGCUGCAACCUCCUGAAACCACGUCUCAGAGACCUUAAUGGCUGUACAAUUUCCAGUGUCUGUAAUAUCAAAAAACAGGCGAACACUGUGGAGAUUUGUUCUCCUUUUAAUCUUCCAACAAUGCAGUAAUAUGAAAAGCACAAGGGUGGCUACAAAGCCAUGACACUCUAAAAAUGCACUUUUUUUCCCUUUUUUUUUAGACAAAAAUGUAACAGAAUAAUUAAAAGAAAUGAAUGAAAUGAAAACAGCAGAUAUUCUUCAGAGUUUUAUGCAUCAGUACAUAUGAAACUAGUCAGACUGAAGGCACAGACACUUUAUAUCAAGUUUUCAGAUGACAGUAAAUUUAUUAAUAUAUUGGAUUUGUCGACAAUGCUUUGGGCAAAACAAAAAGACCUUUAAUGAAAAUGAUGCAUCAGGGGAAUUUACUGUGUUUAGCUGUGCUUUAUUUUUCAUGCAAUAUAAAUGCUAAGCUUGCAAAUGCUGCUGUUACUGUCAUACUUUACUGUACAUGGAUGCGGUCACAGCCUGUGUGACUAACAGGUGUUUUGGAAAUGUCCUGUAUGAUCACCGGUUUAUUCAAAAGAAGGAAAACAAGUCAGUGCUGAUCCAGUUUGAGAGGAUGGCCAACAGUGGUGCUGCUGCAAAGUGCUGCUUUUAAAUGAAGAAUAAAGUCAAAGUAAUGAUGAGAAAA